GUUGUAGCGAGGAGCCGGUGCCGUCCGUGCGUGAGUGCAUCAAUCUUCGCUGACCAUGGUCUCGCCUUCAGAUGUUCUUCCCAAGGUGGUGGAGGGCGAGAACGAGGCCGCGCCCCGCCGCGCCAAGUGGUGGUACGUGACGUUCCACAAUGUCACCGCCAUGGUCGGCGCCGGCGUGCUCAGCUUGCCGUACGCCAUGGCUCACCUGGGAUGGGGUCCGGGGAUCGUGGCGCUGCUGGUGGCGUGGGUGAUGACGUUGUACACGCUGCGGCUCCUGAUCGAGAUGCACGAGUGCGUCCCCGGCGUACGCUUCGACCGGUACCGCGACCUGGGCGUGCAUGCCCUUGGCCCGCGGCUGGGCAUCUGGGUGGUCGUCCCGCAGCAGCUCAUCGUGCAGGUGGGCUGCGACGUGGUGUACAUGGUCACCGGCGGCAACUGCCUGCAGAAGUUCGCGCAGAUCGUGAGCCCGAACUCCACGCCGCUGCACCAGUCCUACUGGAUCUGCAUCUUCGGCUCCUCGCAGUUCCUGCUCUCCCAGCUCCGGGACCUCAACUCCAUCACCGCCAUCUCCCUCGCUGCCGCCGUCAUGUCGCUCAGCUACUCCACCAUCUCCUGGGCGGCGUGCCUCGCCAAGGGCCCCGUCGCCGGGGUGAGCUACGCGUACAGCACGGCCGGCACGGCGGCGGACGCGGCGUUCCGGGUGUGCGGCGCGCUCGGUCAGGUGGCGUUCGCGUUCGCGGGCCACGGCGUGGUGCUGGAGAUCCAGGCCACCAUCCCGUCCACGCCCACCAAGCCGUCUAAGAUGCCCAUGUGGAAGGGCACCGUCGCCGCGUACAUGGUCACCGCCGCGUGUUACUUCCCCGUGGCGUUCAUCGGAUACUGGGCGUUCGGGCAGGGCGUCAGCGACAACGUGCUCGUGGCGCUCGAGCGACCGCCCUGGCUCGUCGCGGCGGCCAACAUGAUGGUUGUCGUUCACGUCCUCGGGAGCUAUCAGGUGUACGCCAUGCCGAUAUUCGAGAGCAUGGAAACGAUUCUGACCACCAAGUUCAGGGUUCCUCGAGGGGUGCUCCUCCGCCUGGUGGCUCGAUCUACCUACGUCGCGCUCACCCUGUUCGUCGCCGUGACCUUCCCGUUCUUCGGCGACCUCCUCGGCUUCUUCGGCGGCUUCGGCUUCACCCCCACCUCCUUCUUCCUCCCCUGCAUCCUGUGGCUCAAGAUCAAGAAGCCUCGGAAGUUCAGCGCCUCGUGGUUCGCCAACUGGGGGUGCAUCGUCGUUGGCGUGCUGCUCAUGCUUGUGUCCACCAUCGGCGGGCUAAGGAGCAUCAUCCAGGACGCCUCCACGUUCAAGUUCUACUCUUGAAAGCCUAAUCUUAUCUUACGGCUGUAGCUGCAUGUAAGAUCGUUCGGUGUCAACUAAUGGUGUGGUAGCCUCUUACCUGGUUUUGGUUUAGAGGGUGACCUGCUUCUGCAGAGUGUCAAAACUAGUGUCGUCCCAUACGGUGUUGUAACUU